AGGGCCACGUUGGACCAUCUCUGCAGACAGCACUACUUUCAAAUGAGUAGUCCAAAGCUUCACCAUUACUGUCCGUUUCUUGUCGGAAUAUAAUUAUCUAAGCAAAAACCAUAGUACAAAAGAAUAAAAAUAAACCCAUCAAGAAAGUAUAUUUUCUAAUUGCAUUUUUAGCUCAGGGGUCUCAUCUUUUGUUCAUCAAAUCAUAUGUAAAUGUAAAGAUCUAUACAGAGCAAUCUGGUAAAUGAGUUUAUUGAUAAUCUUUUACCUUAUCAAAAAAAAAAGUAAACGGGGUUAUUGAAUUUGUGGAAAAUAGAGGGAUCUAAAGUUCUUGAAAGGGUCUUUGUGGUGAAAAGGGUUAUGUGGAGCUUAAAGGUAUGAAAUUUGCUCAAGUAUUUUGUUAUUAGGAAGAAGAAGAAGUAGAAGUAAGUAUUAGAAGUAUGAAGCAUUUGGUGGGAAGUCCAGGAAGUGUGAGUGGGUUGCUAUUGAGGUUUGGUCAAUGUUUAUUUGCAGCUGGUUCAAUUGGUGUAAUGGUUUCUGCUUCUGGCUUCUCUAAUUACACUGCUUUCUGCUAUUUGAUUGCAUCAAUGGGGCUUCAAGUAUUGUGGAGCUUCGGGCUUGCAUGUCUGGACAUGUAUGCUUUAAGGAUACAAAAGGACCUUCAUAAUCCAGUCUUAGUGGGCCUAUUUGUUGUUGGAGACUGGGUUACUGCAACCCUAUCACUUGCAGCUGCGUGCUCGUCAGCAGGGAUUGCUGUUUUAUAUUCAAAAGAUUUAAACUUUUGCAGUACUCCACGUCAUCUUCCAUGUGGUCGAUUUGAGCUCUCUGUAAUGUUGGCGUUCAUAACCUGGUUUCUUAUUGGGAUUUCCUCCCACGUGAUGUUUUGGAUUCUAGCCGCAGUUUAAUGAUGCGAGGAUUGCUUUUCUACUCAGAAGAUUGCUUCUGAAAUGAUCUCCGAGAACCGUCACAUCUAAAUCUAAUUACCACGAACAUGUAACCUUAUCUUCCUUGGCAAUUGAUGUGAGUUUCGUUUGCACUGACGGAGUUGCUUGGAGUUUGGCAGUUCCCUGUUGUGCUCAUCAAGCUCCAUUUUGAUUUGAGUGUAAAUUGUAACCUCCUAACUGUGCUCUAACUUACUGCAGUUCAAUUACACUUGUGAGUACUGAGGUUUUUUGCUAGCAGUACUUGACCCUGGGCAUUUUGAAAUCAAAUUUCAUAGUCUAGCAGCUUGCAUAGCUUUGUUAAAUACAAUAUGAACUUGUAACAUAUACAGGCAUUAGACUUAUAUUUUUGACAGGCUUAGGUUUUUGCUGGUUGUGCACCUGA